CAUAGAUACUUCAUCGGUUUGUGAUCUAGAAUUGUUCCUCACCGAGACUCGUGCCUCUAUUUGGGAUGACCUAGUUCUUGCUUUUGAGAACCACAGAGCAUUAAUACGUACGAUGAAUCCGGAACCGCAGCCCCCACGUCCGAAGGCCCGUCGACCUCGCGCGGCUCAUGCUUGUGAGCUUUGUCGCCGUAAGAAGAACAAGUGCGAUGAGCUAGAUCCAUGCUCCUACUGCAGAGUGCGAAGUGUCGAAUGCAUUUAUCGAAAUGCAGACAGGUCAAGGCGCUACACCUUUUCUGCAGACUACGUCAGAGAUCUUGAGAGACAAGUCAAGACCCUCUCAAAUGGACAGGGCUCAAUGCCAGAGAUUUCCAAUCGAAUUGCACCCGUCCAUUUUCGGGAUGAAAUUGUCGCGCUAUCUCGGCCGGAACUUUCAUAUAGUUCCACAGCUCUGUCCAUGACCACCAACCCGUUCGAUCAACAAAUUCCGAAAGUAGAACAUGUCUUUCCCGCCGGUGCCAUACUGCCUGAUACUGGCAAUACAUUCCUACCAAGACCCCCCAAAACUGCCUUGAUGAAUGAGGUCACUGCUAUCAAUCGACAUACUAAAAGUGUUGAAUUUUAUGGCAGUUCGUCGUCACUAGCUUUUCUAUCUCGUGUCCAAACAAGCCACCAAAUUACUCCGUUGUCACAAAGUCACCAUGAGGAUGAAGGUAGUGGAGAGGAGAGGACAGGUUCUCUAGUGUCACAUUUACACAAUCCAGUGAUCUCGCCAUCUGCAUCGUCCCAACGCAAUCAUCUAGAGUCUCCGAUGAACAGGAUCACACCGCAUCAGCAUCAAUGUCGCUUAUUUGUCGAGAACUUUUUCAGCACUGUUCACUACGCAUAUCCUGUACUCACUAAAUCGGCAUUUCUAUCUCGUUGCGAAGCCCUUUGGUCGGGGGACUCGCGAAUGGCAACAAAAACUUUCAUGGCUCUCUAUUAUAGCGUCCUAUCUUUAGGUGCCUUGGUUGGCCCUAGAGAUGAAGAAUCGAGGGAUGUUGAUGAUUGUAUCAGUUGGAGCACAAGGUUGUUCAACGAGGCUCGCGCUCUAGGUGAUGAAAUGAGUAUGACGACGGAGUUAGAGAUGGUACAGUGCUUCUUCUUCAUGGCUCAAUUUUGUCAGCAUGUACUCAAUCCUCAUUUAUCAUAUUUGUAUGCUGGCUUGUCCGUAAGAAUCGCUCAGUCUAUCGGUAUCAAUCGGGAACCUCCUCCGGAGACCAAAAAGUCGUAUACAUUACUACAAGAAGAAUCACGGACUUGGUGGGCAUUAUACUCGCUAGAAAUAGAAAUCAGUUUCGCGAUCGGAAGACCAGAUUCCAUAGGCAUGGACGUAUUCCAUAAUCGAGAUUUGCCUCUCACACGCAGCGACCCUUCCCACCAGGAGCACUAUCCCGAGAAGAGUCAGGCACCCUACUAUGGAAUCAUCAAAUGCAUGGUUGACCUCUCUCGGAUAAUUCGACGAGUCUACAGAGAAAUCUACUUGACAUCCGCCGCUCCGGAACAUAAACUAUCAGCAGCUCAGCUCAUUGAAUACGAACUGGAGCAAUGGCUAGACAACCUCCCACCUGAAAUCCGUCCAAUGAGAACUUUUGCUUCUUCCAGAGCCUCGAUUUCCAUGCGAGAUGCCCGUUUCAUGAAAAGACAAAGAUUGUUCUUGUCGAUCAGGUAUCACAACGUUCGAAUUCUGUUGCUUGCAUUCUCCCUUACAAACCGGCGUCUAAUGGAGCCAAAAGAUGCAACUCUUUGCAAGGAGAACGUGACGAAGUGUCUCGAGUCAGGCAAAGAGACUAUCGAAACCAUUCACGAAACAUAUCGUAACCACGUCUACUUCCGCACAUGGUUCUACAACACAACAUACACCCUCUUCGCAGUAUCAACCCUCCUAAUCUACAUCGUCUACGAAGCAUCGGAACCCGAAAAACUCGUACUCUUCCCACUCGUCGACAUGGCUAUCAGCAUCCUCGACACGAUGGAAGAUUGCAUCGUAGCAAGGAAAGCAGCGAACCUCAUCCGACGUGCUUCAGAGCGCGCCAAAGAGGGCCCGAAAUCGAGUAAUGACCAUGUCAUGAAUGAGCAAUCUAUAGACGGCAUCGUGUACGACUCGUCUCGAACGUUUAGUAACUGGGGAGAUCCACUGAAUUUGGUGAAUGGCGAUCUGGAUAGUAGCUAUCUUUUCGCGUUUGGUGGCCUCGAGGAUGGUUUCAAUAUGCCUGAGAAUGUGUUCAAUCAGGUUGAGUGAGGUAUUACGGGUGAAGGUCGGCAUAUUAUGUCGUUACGAGGUGCUUUUCACGACGCCCUUGAUGUGUCGUAACUGGCUAGAAAGCAAUUUAGAAAGAUCUUUAUAAGUGCUGAAAGACAAUCGUCUGCACAAUCCAAAUU